GAAACACAAGUGCGACAACUGUGUCUACUUGACGGCUGAUGAUGACAUGUCAACAACAAACAUGGCAGCAAGCAGCAACUACUGGGAAGAUUUGCGUAAACAGGCCAGACAGUUGGAGAAUGAGCUGGACCUCAAGCUGGUCUCCUUCAGUAAGCUUUGCACCAGCUACAGCAGCAGCAGCAGCAGUAGCAGCAGCCAAGACCAGCGGAGCAGGUCUGAUUCUCUGGGCUCAUCUCACGACAAUAUGCUUGUGGCCAUGACGACUGAGCUGGAGCAGCUCUUAGCCAAACUUACAGCAGUCAAUGACAGAAUGGCAGAAUACACUAACACCCCUGGAGCUUCGUCACAUAACGCAGCAUUGAUGCACACCUUACAAAGACAUAGAGACAUUUUACAGGAUUACACUCACGAGUUCCACAAAACCAAAAGCAACUUCUACAGCCUGCGAGAGCGAGAGGACCUUCUGGGCUCAGUUCACAGAGACAUUGAGUCCUAUAAGAGCAGCUCAGGGGUGAACAACAGAAGGACAGAGCUCUUCCUGAAGGAGCACGAGCAUCUAAGAAACUCAGACAGCCUUAUUGACAGCGCAAUAAGUAUCGCCAUGGCUACCAAAGAGAACAUCACAUUUCAGCGUGGGAUGUUGAAGUCCAUUCAAACCAGGGUCACAACUUUGGCCAAUCGCUUCCCCGCCAUCAACAGUCUCAUCCAGAAAAUCAAUUUGCGCAAGAGGCGGGACUCUUUAAUUCUGGGUGUGGUGAUCGGCGUCUGCACCAUACUCCUGCUGCUCUACACUUUCCACUGAUUCUCCGUCAACUGACAAAAAAAAAACCUUAUUCUAACUCAGACCAAGUGUUUCCAUGAUGGUUUUUAUUCUUUCAUAUGUACUCUACCUGACACAAAAACAAUUUAACAUUGAAAAGAAAUGAUAUCAUCUCUAAGAGUGGAGAGUUUAUUUAUUUUGUGAAUUAAGGGGCGUCCGGGAAUUUGUAUAUUGCUGCUUGUAUCCUGUUGGAAUUUGAACUCUUUAUAAUUUCACAAAGUAACCUUCCAUUGUGAUUGUGUAAUAUCAUUGUCAUAUUUUGUUAAAUAAAAGUGACAAACUCACUU